UAACCGCAAAUACAAUCCAAACUCAUAAUCCAUGGAAACAAAUUUAGUUAAAAGCGUUUCAACUUUAAAAUUACAUUUUCAUAAUUGGAUUUAAUCAUCAGCAAUAAAACAACUCAUUUUAAAGAAAUGGCUUCCAGCAAUAGAAAAUGCAGCAAUCAUCAGCAGCACCGCUCUUUCAUUGCCACUGUCUCACCAACAUUUUGUUUCACCAUGCUGAGCCGUCUGACUGCAUAUCGAAUAUUGACAAUCAGCCUGUUAAUUGGUAUGCUCUGCCCAUCGCACGUUUAUUGCGUGGAUCCAAAAUUUGAUCCAUCGACGCGUAUGCGACUUGUUUUAGUGCCGGCCGAUGCGCAGGUCGGUUCGGUCAUUUAUCGUUUGCGUGCCACCGAUGAAGAGUUUGACUAUCCGCUAACAUUUGAAUUUGUGGGCGAUGCUUCAUCAUCUACCGUUAAAAUAGAAUCACUUCCAUGCACAAAGUACAAUUCCGUUUGCCAAGCAAAUGUUAUAUUACAACGACGUCUCGAGCCCGGACGCUAUUAUGACUUCCAAGUUUCGGUUAAGGACACUAAAGGUGGCAUGGCCACGCAAAUGUGUUCGAUAACAGCGACCAAUUUUACAACACCACAUGACCUCAUAUUUCCGCAUAAACCAGGCAUCAUUAUGAUACCAGAGGUGAGUACUUAUAUACCAUAA